AUGACGGACCAGCCAAUCAAGAAGUCAAUGAGCAAGCCAGAAGCAGCAGGGAGAAUGGUCCAGUGGGCGAUUGAACUUAGUCAAUUUGACAUUGAAUACCAUCCAAGAACAGCAAUCAAGGCACAAGCUCUGGCGGACUUCAUUGCAGAAUUCACGUUCCCUGACGAAGACAGUAUUACCGACGAAGCAGAUAAACUAAUAAUACAGACUAAUGGUUCGUCAGCCCAAAAGAAGGGGGGAGUAGGGGCCAUCAUAACCACCCUCGACGGAGAAGUACUGAAAUAUGGAGUCCAGCUAAAGUUCCCAGCUACCAAUAAUGAAGCUGAAUACGAAGGAAUACUGACGGGACUAAGGCUUGGGAAAGCUCUUGGUGCCAAGAAUUUGUUGAUCCAAAGUGAUUCGAAACUAGUAAUUGGACAGAUCAAGGGAGAAUACGAGGCAAAAGAAGAAAGGAUGCAGAAGUACCUCAAGUUGGCAAGGCAGUUAGCCCAGGAAUUCGAUGCAGUGGAGUUCAUACAAAUUCCGAGAAGUCAGAACAUGGGGGCUGACGAAGUGUCAAAACUAGCGUCGUCAAAAGAAGAAGGGACUAGCACGGACCUGGCGAUGGAAGUCCAAAAACACCCUAGUAUUGAGGAAUUUGCGACCUUCACCAUCCAGGGCGCCGACACCUGGAUGACGCCCAUAGUGUCAUUCUUCCAGGAUGGGCACCUACCUCAAAACUUUGAAGAAGCCAGAAAGAUCAAGAAGAGGGUAGCCAGAUUCACGAUCCUGAAUGACGUCCUGUACAAGAGAGGCUUCUCAAUGCCCUACUUAAAGUGUGUCGACGAGGAAGAGGCCGAAUACAUCUUGGAGGAAGUACACAGAGGAGUUUGUGGCGACCAUGCUGGCUCCAAAUCCCUAGUAAACAAAGUAGUAAAAACAGGAUAUUUUUGGCCAACCAUGCAGGCGGACGCUGCUGAGAUCGUCAGGAGGUGUGACAAAUGCCAACGAUACGGGAAUGUGCAGCGGCUUCCAGCGGAGAAAAUGACGACCAUAUCUUCCCCAUGGCCAUUUGCACAAUGGGGAAUCGACAUGUCUGAGAGAGCCCUUAGGUCCUCUGGGGUAACAACCUCAUGA